AUGACCCAUCCCGACCGGGCGCGGCAGAGGGGAGAGGUGAGCGAUGUCGACCGGAGGAGCUCAACGAAUGGACCGAUUUCAACUGGCUUCUCGCUCGUCUCGCUUUCGGCUAAUGCAUGCACCGCCUACGUACACAGAAACAAGAACAGCUGGCACUAGCUCAGUCCAGUGUGUUGAACAAGGCUUACCAGACAUUGCGAAAUCCCUUGGCAAGAGCGACUUGGCUCGUGAGUGCAUGUAGGAGGGGGGGCCGCUACGCCGGAUCCCUUCGCAUCACAGAUCUGACCUAGUCAGCAUCGGAUCUUUUCACUCUCGCUCAGCUGGAGCACGGCUCCCAUGCAGCACCCAGUGAAGAGGAGGGGGUCGAGGAUCCCGCCUUACUAAUGCAGGUGAUGGAGUUCAGAGAAGCUUUGGAAGAGGCUUCAAACGAGGAGCAAGCCGAGCAGGUGGGCAGCGACAAUCAGCGUGAGCCGACGGAUCACCUCUUUCCCGCUGUCCGUGGUAGCUGAAGCCGCGCAAUCUCGCCUUCUCUCGAUUUAGUCCGACUACAGUCGACAUUGCGAGCUCUGGACGACGCGUUCAGUAAAGCGCAGCCUGAAUACGAGAAAAUCAAGAGCUUGAUAAUACAGCUCAGGUACUGGAUGAACAUAGACAAGGCAGCCAGAGAGUGGAGCCCCGGGCAACGCGUGGAGCUCAAACAUUGA